GGAAUGAAUUGAGUUGAAAGGGGUUAGUAUGUACAAGAUACGAUUUGACGACUUCCUCUGUGGAGUAUAAAACAGACAGCACGAACAACCAAAUUGCCAACAACCUCUCCACAAGUAGAAUCAGCACAUCAUCAUGUUUAUCCCCCUCUCUACUCCUUUCCUAAUGCUCCUCGGCCUGACGGCCAUUGUCAGCGCUGGAGUGCCACUCCCUCGCGUGCCUGGCCAUGUCGGCAGGUCCGAAGCUUUCACCCAGCUACACGAUGCUCGAGCCGAACCUGCCCUAGCCUUGCGUCAUUCUGAGUUCACCCAGCCACCCCAUGAUCGCGCCGAACCUACCCUAGCCUUGCGUCAUUCUGAGUUCACCCAGCCACCCCAUGAUCGCGCCGAACCUACCCAAGCCUUCGCUCGUGGAACCAAGAACCCCGUUGAUCGCGCCGAACCUACCAAAGCCUUCGCUCGUGGAACCAAGGACCCCGUUGAUCGCGCCGAGCCUACCUCAAACAAAGUAGGGAGCGCGUAAGCCUUGUUGUACGCAGGGACUCUGGAACCAAGCCUCGAUUCUUAGACAAAUACUAUAUGGAAUCGGGCCUGUAUGCAGAACCAGUUUAGAAGAAUGUCAAACAGAAUAAAAGUACA